AUGGAUGAGCCCGACGACCACGCGAUCGCUCUGAGCAUCGCACAAGCAGUCGAGGCCGACGCAGAGCUAAUUGCCGCUCUCAUUCGUGAGGAUGAACAGGCGAGACGCGACCAUGAAUUUGCCAUGCAGCUGGAAGAGGACUCAGAUGCUACGCCCGAAACAGACGACGAAGUUGAUCCUGGUGGGCUUGAUGACGAAGCUUACCAUACACUGCACGCUUUCAACGUUGCUGUUCAGCCAACAGCGAACACUGAAGUUGAAAUGGAGCUCUGUGAUGAAGGAGAUCACGAUGACAUGAGCUUUGACGAAGAAGAUGAGACAGAGUGUGGAAGCAACCCUGACGAUGACUUCGAGGGUGACGCCGAUAAUCAGAGCGACUGCACAGCUUCCCAAGAGGACGUCUCCUACAUGGAUGAAGAUGAGACCCAGGCAAAGGAUAUCCAAAUCGACGGAACCCAAACCGAGGACGCCGAGGGUUCCAAAGAAGAGCGAGAUGCCGAUGAGCACCCAGAAACCGCCGACCACUUCCCCAAAGAUGAGGUUUACGAAGCACCCUGCUCCCAUGGGAUGUGUCAGCCAUGUCUCAUCAGAAGCAUCCAAACAGCAAUGAAUGAUGAGUCCCUCUUCCCGCCGAAGUGCUGCGGCCAGGCCAUUCCCGCGAACGCAACAAACGUCUUCAUCACCGGGGAGUUAUUGGCCGAGUUUGAAGACAAACGAGAAGAGUUUGCAACAGCAAAGCGCACAUACUGCAGCGAUCGUACGUGCUCUGCAUUUAUACCCACUCGGUUCAUCGAAUCUGGUAUCGCCCGCUGCACUCGCUGCGAGAAGAAGACGUGUCUCAAUUGUUUGAGCGAGGCACACGAGGGCACAUGUACCGACGACCCCGAGUCACAACGAGUUAUUCGUUUGGCUGAGGAAAAGGGAUGGCAACGUUGCGAACAAUGCAAGAACAUGGUCGAACUGGACCACGGCUGCUUUCACAUUUCAUGUCGAUGCGGCUACCAAUUCUGCUAUCACUGCGGUAAGCGGUGGAAAACCUGUGACUGUCCUCAGUGGGAUGAGGAGCAACUCAUGGCGCGAGCAGCAGCAAAUGCCGCUGCACAAGCACCAGCAGCAGUACGACAAGCGCAACCCGUCCAGCGCGUUCGAUGCGAUCACGGAGACUACGUUCGAUUUAACAGGGAGCGCCGUGAAGAACAGUGCGACGACUGCAUGGAAAUGAUGUGGCAUUUCAUUUUGUGUUGUCCAAACUGCGACCUCGAGCUUUGCCUCCCAUGUCUCUUGGCUCGCCGACACUACUCGUAA